AUGCAGUACACCACAAUCACCAACGCCGCAUCCCUCAUUCGCCUCGCAGGCCAAGGAGCCUGGUUGGCUAAAGCGGACAUCAUCAGCGCCUUCAAAGUUCUUCCGAUCCUCCCCGAAUUCUGGCAUCUUUUCGGCGUCCAUUGGAAAGGCUCUUAUUACUUCGCAGUGCGCUUGACCUUCGGGUGCAAGAGCAGCCCAAAAAUCUUCGACUGCUUAGCCGAAGCUCUCUGCUGGAUCCUGACCAACGUUCAUAAACUUCCGUACGUCAUCCACCUCUUAGACGACUUCCUCACCGUCACGCCACCUUCCUCACCCCCAGCACACGGCCUCAACACUUUAACCUCAGCGUUCAAGGAACUCGGCGUUCCUCUGUCUCCAGAGAAAACCAUAGGCCCCAGCACCUCCCUCGAAUUCCUCGGCAUCACCCUCGACUCAGUUUCACUCCAAGCAUCCCUACCUACCGAAAAAAUCAAUCGGAUCUCCUUACUCAUUUCAAAUUACCUCCUGGCCCCCAAAUGCACCAAACACCAACUCCUUUCACUGUUAGGCCACCUCAACUACGCCAUUCGCAUCAUCCCCCAAGGUCGAUCCUUCUUGUCCCACCUCCUUUCAGUCGCCGCCUCUGUCCCAAAUCUCCAUGGCCACGCCUCUCUGGACAAAGCUUGCAAAACGGAGCUAAAACUGUGGCACCAGUUCCUCUCCUCAUGGAACGGCAUCUCCUUAUUUUACGAUGACCACAUCACCAAGCCGGAAGACAUCCAGCUGUUCACAGACGCAGCCCCUCCAUCGGCUUCGGCGGCUUCUACGGCAACUCACCUUGGUUUCGGCCCAGCACCAAUUCAUCAUCCAAGCCUAUCACAUCCCAGGUCACAAAAACUCCAUAGCCGACUCACUUUCUCGUUUCUCUUUACAGAAAUUCAGACGAUUGGCGCCAGCUGCGGACCCUCUGCCAACUCCGGUCCCACCGUUUUCAGCCACCAUCUUCAACUGACCCCGCUACUAGAACACCUAAUCUCUGCCUCCCAAGACGCCAUCCUCAACAGCGUCGCCCCCAGAACACUCUCAUCAUACCUCACCGGAUGGAAUAGCUUUAAAGCCUUCCACGCUUCCCUCGGCCUUCCAUUCCCCUCACUCGACGUCCUGACCCUCACGAACUUCAUCACGUUCGCCCAUUCACUCCUCAAGAUCAAGCCUUCCACUAUACGGGUCUACAUAAGCGGAAUCAACUUCUUCGCCAAACUUUCCUCAGGCACUCCUUGUCCAGCUGCGUCCCACUCACACAUCACCAUGUUACUCAAAGGUCUCCGUAAAGCCGAACCACACCCCACGCCUAAACGUCUGCCCCUCACCUCGGACCUCCUUACUCGCUGCAUCCAAACACUCCGUGAAGGCUACCUAUCCCCCUUCAUGGACAAAGCAUUGGAGUCCAUGUUCUUGCUGGCCUUCUUCGGCUUCCUGCGCUGCUCGGAAUUCACCGCUCAGAACUCUGACCACCAUCCAUCGCAACACGCCACCAUGUCCGACAUCUCCAUCCACCAUCCGGACACCAUCAUCUACCACCUCAAACGCAGCAAGACCAACCAGUCUGGUCCGCCCCAGCCCAUCUACAUCUUUCGACUAAACUCAUACCUAAGUCCAUUCGAACCCAUAUGCGACUACAUAAGCGCAAGAUUAGCCAGCGGAACUUCUCCACAGGACCCGCUUUUCAUCACAGAGACAGGCAAAGGGGCCACAAGAACCUGGUUUCACCACCACUUCCGCCAAAUCCUCCAUAAAUCCGGUAUACACCCGGAACAUUACUCAGGCCACUCAUUCCGCAUCGGGGCCGCCUCCACUGCCUCAAGCCAAGGAAUCCCUGACCACAUCAUCAAGACCCUCGGCCGCUGGUCGUCCCCUGCGUACCUCACCUACAUCCAUUCCAACCUAAACGACAUCAGAAACGCACACCAGCACCUGUCCUCCUGAAGCUGUCUUUUGGGGACUCUGCGCCACCUGGCCUUCCGGAGAGACAGCCCCCACCCAAGAGUCUCCAAUCCCCCUGUUCCUGCCAGCCAC